AUGUUCUCAUCAGCUUUGAAGUCGUUCUCAUCGAACAUAUCCAAUAACUACCAAUAUUCACCCAAUCCCUCAUUUAUUUCGGGCCCUUGGAAGGUUCAUAAUGGCAAGAACAAAAACUCCGGAAAAGCUGUCUCUAUAUUCAUAUUUGACCGGAAAUCCCUGGAUCCCCGGACUGGAGGGCUGGUUUCACGGUCAAAUGGUACCUCGCUGAAGAAAGUCCAUGAAGAAGUCGUUGAGAGGCUUAAACGGGAAGCCGCAAAUCUUGCCCGCCUGAGACAUCCGUCUAUUCUCCAGAUCAUUGAACCAGUGGAAGAUACGAGACAUGGCGGUUUGAUGUUUGCCACAGAAGCGGUCACAACAUCGUUGUCCGGCCUUCUACAGGAAAAGACUGAUCAAGACUUAUCUAGUCGCGUCGGAGGAAGGGUCAGUCGACACAUUGCUGAGGAUGCUGAUGGAUCAAGAGGGAGGCGGGAAAUCGAGAUUGACGAACUUGAGAUCCAAAAGGGACUUCUUCAGAUUGGCAAGGGCCUAGAGUUCCUGCAUGAGUCUGCCAAAAUCGUGCAUGGCAAUCUCACUCCCGAAGCCAUCUACAUAAACGCAAAGUCAGAUUGGAAGAUAUCUGGCCUAUCGUUUGCCGGGCCUACAAACCCUGAGUCUCAAUCGCCACUACCCUCCCUUGCCUUAUCUGAGGCCUUAUUUCAUGACCCCCGGCUACCUAGAUCUGUACAACUUGAUUUGGAUUAUACCUCUCCUGACUUUGUUAUGGAUUCCAAUGUCUCUUCAGCAGCGGACCUCUUCUCCCUUGGGCUCAUAAUAGUUGCCCUUUUCAACUCCCCCCAUACCUCUCCACUGAAAACUAAUAGCAGCACGAACACAUACAAGAAACUACUUAGCUCCUCUUCCACUAUUCCUUCUCAAUCAAAUUCAUUUCUCUCUUCCGGACCAAUACCAAAGGACCUCGCCAACCAUGUUCUACCGAAGCUUAUUACCAGGCGACCAGCCCAGCGGAUGAAUGCCAGUGAAUUCCAACAAUCUCAGUACUUUGAUAACAUUCUUGUCUCCACCAUCCGCUUCCUGGACACUUUCCCCGCCAAAACACAAAAUGAAAAGUCACAGUUUAUGAGGGGGUUAUCUAGAAUUUUGCCAGAGUUUCCAGCUUCAGUACUGGAACGCAAGAUUCUGGACGCAUUGCUUGAGGAAAGCAAAGAUCGAGAACUACUGCCGCUUAUUCUUCAAAAUGUCUUCAAGAUCCUUUCACGAGUUCCCACAAGCCAACGACUAGUUCCGGACAAAGUUCUUCCCCGCCUCAAGGAAAUAUUUCUCCCCCAGAGUAGUAAAGGCGCUGCUCAAGAAAGAGAUACAAGCAAAGAAGCUGGGCUUAUGGUUGUCUUGGAGAAUAUGCAAGUUCUUGCUGAUAACUGUUCUGGCAAAGUCUUCAAGGAUGAUGUAAUACCACUGAUACUCCUUGGAUUGGAUUCUCCAACUCACUCAUUAGUAGACGCAACUAUGAGGUGUCUACCGAUAUUGCUUCCUAUUCUUGAUUAUACAACAGUGAAAGACGCAAUAUUCCCCCCAAUAGCAUCGGUAUUUGCCAGAACUAGCAGUCUUGCGAUAAAAGUCCGGGGCUUAGAAGCAUUUUGUGUUCUCUGUGGUGGUUCGGCCAAGUCUAGCAGCCAGCCCACAGACGACGAUCUUUCAGGAAUGAUCGCGGACUCCCAGACAGCGGCGAAGUCAACCUCCCACUCUAUCCUUGACAAAUACUCCAUCCAAGAGAAGCUUAUUCCAUUGCUAAAGGCAAUCAAGACCAAAGAGCCAGCGGUAAUGAUUGCCGCUUUGAACGUGUUCAAACAGGUAGAGCACACGGUCGAUAUAGAAUUCGCAGCGCUUGAAGUCCUCCCAAUCCUCUGGAGUUUUGCACUCGGUCCGCUUCUCAAUGUGCAGCAAUUUUCUUCGUUCAUGGAGUUGAUUAAGUCACUGUCGUCAAAAAUUGAGCGAGAACAGACUAAAAAGCUUCAGCAACUAUCGUCUAGCGGUGAUGCGGGUGAGUUUUCCAAGAGUUCAUCACUCCAAACCGGUAGGGUGUCUCCUCUGAACAACGGGGGAGGAGCUGGCGGCGACAAAUCCGACUUUGAGCGGCUUGUGCUCGGUAAGAGCAAGGAGUCGUCUCCCUCCAUGGACUCUUGGGGUGAUUGGGGUAGCUCGUCUACGUCUAUGGCCCAAGCUGCUACGAAGACAGAGGCUGUACCCCAGUUUUCGUGGUCUAGCAGUAGCACUACUGCUGCUUCUGCACGGCAAGGAAAUGGCGGACUAUCAAAACCAAACGCAAACAUGCGAUCAAUCACGCCUGACACGACUAUAAACUCGUUCCCGACGCUGCAGCCGGGGCAUAAGAGCAACACUUCGUCGCUGUCUUCGAUGGCCACGCUUCAGCCUCUCUCGCCCAAGGCUCCUCAGGGCGGCAUGAUGAUGAUGGGAAACAACAGCUUUGGUGCCCAGCAGGGUGUUAGCCAGUUUACGUCCCCCAGCACCAGUUCCUUCAACAUUCCUACCAUUGGUGGUAAGCCUGUUAGCAGCGGCAGCUCAUCAUGGCAAACCCAAGGGCAGAUGAACACCAUGACACCUUCAUCUCCGUACACCAUCGCUCCGCCUCCUUCGAACAAUAACCAAUUUCAACGAACCCAUUCAGCCACCUCAAACAACACAAUGUCUGCCUUUUCUAAUCUACCCUCACCUCCGUCUGCCAGCUCAAACCAGCAGCAAAAGCAGGGGCUGGAUAAGUAUGACAGUUUGCUCUAG